AUGUGGAGAAGUGAAGCGACAACAAAUAGGGGCUUGGGGGCUUGCCCCCAACAAGCUAUGAACCCGGCUGGAGUGAGACUGCACAGUAUCAAAUUUGAUGAAUUGAUGUUGCGUCCAUAUGCUUUCAGUAGCUUGCUAGGCUGUACCAUUGCACUGUCACUUUGUCAGACAGUGGUCUUCAAAAUGUCAUAUUCUGUUUCUAACACAGCAUCACCACCAUGGAUUGGUAUGCAUAUCUGCAUAAUCAAGGGCAAAUACAAGGCUUAUCAUGGUUAUGUCCACCAUGUCAAUCCAAGCAAUUUGAGUAUCAGUAGAUUGAAGAUUGUGGUUGAACUUUUAGCCCACACAUACAAUGGCACUAAUUCUCUGGUGACUGUGGAAUAUGAUGGUAUCCGGGAAUUUGAACAUUGGCGGACAUUAGCUGAAGUCCAACCAUUGGGUCUAUAUCAAACAUCUUACAAUCUCCGGCCAGAUUAUUUUCCACCACAACUUGAUGUACCAUAUAUUCCACAGCCUGGGCCAGAAGUUGUUCCUGCUUCACCACACCAUUUCCUGCUGCCUCGGAUGUUACUCUUGAUACCUUUCGGGGUGUUCAGCCUCUGGAGAAAAUCAAGCCUCAAGAUCUACACUGGAUACUUAACCAAAAAUCACUUGUUUUCAUUGAUCCCACUCAUUCCUUGCAUGAAGGUUAUGCUAAAUGGGUAUAUGUUGAUAAUGGAAUUGUAUCACUCAAGAAGCAGGGAGGGCAUACUGAACAACUUGAACUUGCAGUUGUUCAAAGGCCCAUGGUUCCCCCAGCACAUACUUGCAAAUCACUCCUGGCAAUCAUUGAAGGGAGUCAUUUUGGUAAACUAGUGUGUUGCAUUUACUGGACAAGGGGAGAAUGUGGAGAAGAAAAACUAUGGGUUGCCAUUGCAAUAAAUGCAGGGACUCUUUCUGAAACACUUCAUCAUAAUGUUCCCAGUUUCUAGAUCACAUACUGUAGCAGUGAAAACAGAUGAUGAGGUGG